AUGCUGAACAGUCGAUUUGAAACGACCUACGUCGCACCAUCGCACGUCAUCAUACGUGACGUGAACACCGGUACCAAAACAAAUUUGGUGUCACAGAAGGGCUAUGCAAUCGAAAACCUCAAGAUGAUGGGAAAAGAUCGCUAUGUGAUCGCGUAUACAACAUCGUCGCUGAUCUUGGCCGACAAUGAAACAGGGCUCGCAUCAGAAAUCGACUGGCAAUCGGGUGGCAAUGAAAAAUUUUAUUUUGAAUUCCAACAUGUAUGCGUGAUUGUAAAUGUC